AUGCAUCAGCCCGUCUCUUCGAACUCCCUCCAACCCCCUUCUCUUCCCAUUUCCUCUACAUCCUCAUUCCCACCCCACCCACAUUUCAGUCCUAAAACCCCAGCCCAACCGACCACUACUUCUUCAAUCUCACUGCCCCCACUGCCCCCCACUUUCUCGCAGCCCAUCCCUUGUGACCAUCACAAGCGCAAGCACCACGAAACGUACACACUUCCCGAGCCGUGGAACGAUAUGGACACUAUCCAUGGCAUGGAUAUGGACACUAUCCAUGGCAUGGAGAUGGUCACCGGGCCAGUCCCCGCACGAGUCGUUGAAUACAUGUACAAUCAAGCCGACUCCCGCGCGAAAAAGUCCGCUAAUGACAAAAAGCUCGUCCUUCGCAAACGGCUCAAGGAAAGCAACCACAGCGAGACAGGAUCCCGCUCCGCCAUCAGCUCUAGGAGGGAAGCCAAAGUCAGUCGCAUGUAUCGGCAAGAGUACUUGCAUUCCACACAAGACGAGCUCAGGCAAAGUGCCAAGGACAAGGCCUUGUUGUUGGCAUACUUGAAAUGUCUUCGGAAAUUCAUCGACGACAACAAACUCACUCUCGAUGAACGUCGCACCGACAACACGCUCGACGCAGUCAUCGACUAGUCUGUUUCUUCCCUCUUCUCUGUACCCUCCCACGCUUCUUUGCGUUGCUCUGGGGCAUCACUGCUCUGAGGCCCACGCCCAAGAGAUGUACACCGUCCUCUUGUAUACUCUACAUAUUCCAUCUUGUUUGUAGCACAGACACUUCUUUUUGUCACGAGCACGUCUUAAGUAAACGAAUCACAUCAUCUUCAA